AUUCCCAAUUGAAACUUGAAAACAGUUUUAAAGCACUCACCGUUUUCAAUGCGCAAUUCAAUUGAAUCCGAAUCCAAAUGGAGAAGAGAACACAGCAGCAACUGACCGCAAACAAGAUCACCACCAUGAACUGCAAAACAAUAGAAAGAAAGAAGGAUGGAUCUAGGUGGCGGCGAUGGUGCAGUGAAGCCCUACUUCAACAAGUUCUAUGACUUCAAGAACAACGGUUGGAGUCUUCCAAGUAAAGUAUAUGUUGAAGACAAAUGGAUACUGCAGCAGAUGCAACAGAAGAAAUUGUUGCUGAAUGCCGUCAAGACCAAGUUGGACAACUUUGAUCUAUCCACCUGGUCCUUGCACACAAGAAAGAGGGACCCCUCGAGUGCCAUCAUCAAAGCCAUCCGAAACAACAUACAGCCUGAAUUACUCACACAAGCUUGGUGCAAAUUUUUCGAAUGCCUCUCAAAACAUCCGGACAUAAUACCUGAUGAUGGAGUUGGUGCAGAGCUCAAGUCCCUGCACCUGUGUGAAGCACCAGGUGGAUUCAUUUCCGCAUUGAACCAUUACCUUCAUUUGCGUUUUCCAAACAUCAAGCUAGAGUGGAACGCCAGCACGCUGAAUCCGAGUUACGAGGGGAAUCCAUUGAACAGGAUGAUCCCAGAUGACAGAUUGAUCGUGCACACGAAGAAGAGAUGGAUGUUCGGCGCGGAUCUGACCGGAGACAUCACCAAAGAUUACAACUACGAAGAUCUGACGGAGAAGGUGCUGAGGAAUGGAAAGGUGGAUCUGGUGACGGCGGACGGUAGCAUCAACUGUAUGGACGAUCCCGGUGAUCAGGAGAGGCACGUCGAGCAUUUGCAUUACUGCGAGACGAUGACCGCUCUAACAGUUUUAAGAUUAGGUGGUUCCUUCAUGCUCAAGAUUUUCACCACGUUCGAGGAAUCCACGAUAUGUCUGCUGUAUUUGCUGACGUGCUGCUUCGAAGCUGUGCGAAUCUUCAAACCGAUCACCUCGAAGAGCGGCAAUUCAGAGACGUACGUGAUCUGCUUAAGGUACGGUGGAUUCGGUUUGCUGGAGAGCAUCUGGCCGAGACUGAUCAUACCAUACAAGAACACCGUUGCAGUGUGCAAGAAAUCGAUGUUCAGAUUGGAGGACGUCGAUCGGGAAUUCCUGCGACAGAUCGACGAGUGCGCCGAAUUCUUCAUGCGGAAACAGAUGCACACUAUAAACGAGAACGUGUGGAACUUCUUAUCUAAUAGCAACAACGCCUUCUACGAGAACGUUAAACUGCGAACUCUGCACGAGGAUAUAACCAAUCACUUCUUGUCGAUCUACCGGAUGGGCCGGAUCGAGUACAGCAAGAAGCUGGUGCCCACAAAAUCUGUACAUCGAUUCAAUAAAACAUAUCAAUUGGACGAGAAAGCUAGUUAUAAAUGUUACUACAUGAAGGAGGCCCACAUUCCCGUCGAAUUCGUGGUGGGAAAACGCGUCGAAACUGUAUUCUACUCGAAAUACACGGCUCAACAUCUGCUCGAAAGCAAACCGCAAGUGAGAACACUAGAUGCGCGCAGCCUAUUCAAUCUAGCGAGGCGUGCGCUCAAGAAUCAGUUCGUCAUCGUAGACUACAAAGAUUACGAGUCCACUUACAGCAGCAACCAAUGGGACUUUGAGUGCAAACUGCUGAAGACGAUUUUCUCCCAUCUCGGCCUCGACAUGAUCUUCAUCAACGUCCCCAUCAGAAGCACCCUAUUGGCCAACGUUUUCUAUCUGCUGUGCAACAGUUUCGAGCACAACUACUUCUUCAGGAGGGGACUGAUGGUGCUCAGCGGUUUCGAUGAGAGUAUGGUCGAGGAGGUCGGAAAGCAUUUCGACAAAGUCCGGCAGUUUCUCGAAUCUGAGAAGGACGACGACGACGUUUACAGGAGGGGACUCAUCGAAAUCGUAGACGAGAUGAGCGUGAAUUUCUUGAAAUGUCUCUGGUUCUACAACAACAAUCUCCUUUUCCAAAGCUAAACUGCAUUUCCAUCAUGAUAAUGAUAUAUUUAUACAUUUAUUAAUAACACUAAAACACUUAAA